CAUCUCGUGCCUUUUAUGCUCCUCUCCUUCGAGCUGCCCUAGAAGAUGACUAGAAAGCUGCUGAAGCUUUUAUCCAGAAAUAUCCAAACUGCGUUGGAGCCCCCAUAACAAAAGAGCAAGGGACAGCUCUUCACAAUGCCGCAGCUGCGAAACGCACCCGUUUUGUAAAAAAACUGGUGAAAUUGAUGACACCAAAAGAAUUAGAAUUGACAACCAACCAAAACUGCACGGCCCUUUAUUUUGCCGCUCAAUCAGAAAUCGUAACAAUUGCAGAGGAGAUGGUGAAAAAGAACAGAAAUCUGCCAUCGAUAUUUCCGGAUUGCAUCUAUAAUUUGCCACUUUUUGUGGCAAUAGUGAGUACUGGAAAUAGAGACAUGGUGUCGUAUUUAUACUCUGUGACUCCUAUUGAUGGCUUGGCGUCUGCAGAUCUCAUGCAGCUCCUUAUGGCUAGUAUUUCCAGUGAUUUGUAUGAUACGGCACUCAAAAUUCUGGAUACUCUAAAGUUAGAACAUGAAGAAAAGAAACUUCUCUGGGAUCCAUUGGAAAUGUUGGCCAGAAAACCUUCAGAAAUAAUUGGCAACAAAAGUCGGCCAUCAGUAUGGGAAAAAUGCUUAAACUCCUGCUUCAGAGGUCGGUUCUGCAACAAAGCCAUGAUGCAAGCAUCAGCCCAUCAUUUAGUUUACUGCCUUUGGAAAGAGCUUGGGGACGAAAAUUUCUCGUCAACUGCAGUUCAGUAUCAUAUGCAACUACUUCGCGAAGCUGCACAAGUAGGGAACGUUGAAUUUCUAGUUAUACUUAUACGCUCUUAUCCCGAUCUCAUAUGGCAAGUUGACGUGGGAUAUGGAACUUUAUUUCACGUUGCUAUUAAACAUCGACAAGAGCGUGUUUUUAAUUUAAUAUAUGAGAUAGGUGUUUUAAAGGGCAACCUUGCAACCGUUUACGAACCUAAGAGAUCAUCUGACAUGCUCCACUUAGCUGGAGAAUUGCCUUCUUCAGAUCGAUUGAAUAUCGUAUCAGGAGCAGCCCUUCAAAUGCAACGAGAGUUGUUGUGGUUUCAAGAAAUAGAAAAGAUCGUGCCGAAGUCAUAUGUGAACAUGAAGAAUAGAAAAGGAAAAGCACCUAGGGAUAUUUUUGUGAAGACCCAUGAAGAACUACAGAAGAAUGGUGAAAAGUGGAUGAAGGGCACGGCAAACUCUUGCAUGCUCGUGGCAGCACUGAUUGCUACUGUAGUUUUUCCAGCUGCCUUCACAGUACCGGGUGGCAACAAUCAAGAAACAGGCAUUCCUAUAUUUCUGGAAAGCAACUGGUUUACGGUAUUCUUCAUAUCAGAUGCGGUAGCAAUGUUAUUCUCUUCGUCUUCAAUAUUAGUUUUCUUGUCAAUUCUCACAUCACGCUACACGGAAAAGGAUUUCCUCGUAUCAUUACCUCGUAGGUUGGCUAUUGGACUUUCUACGCUUUUAAUCUCAAUAAUAGGCAUGCUGAUAGCCUUCACUGCAGCCUGUUUCUUGGUCUUUAAAGGCAAAACAGGUGUUCCGAUCCGUAUAAUUGUUGGGGCGCCUGCCGUUCCAAUUAGUUUGUUUGUUAUCCUACAUUAUGCCCUUUGGUUGGAUAUAUUCCGCUCAGCAUUCUGUUCUAAGAGGUUCCUUUUCCGGUCGCAGAAUAUGCUUUUCAAGCAAGCAAGCUAG